CAAUUACAGUGCACAUCUGUGUAGGAUUUUAUUACAUCGUUUACUAUUGCGGGCGGAAUGCAGUCCGCCUUGCGGCUGCGUGCUCCGUUUUCGGGGGCGAUUGGCUUAGGUAAAUCAAAUCAUAGCUGUCGAGGUUGCUUUCCAUUGAGCCGGCGUCUAAAUGUAGCGGUGGAGGCGCAGCUUAGACCUUGCGCCGGCACGAGCGCAGGGACCCUUGGCGGGUUUGGCCCGUCGUCGCCACUUCAGCAAAAGCAAACCCAGCGGAAACUCGUAGUCACAUCAUCUCAAAGCGGUGGCAAAGCGGAGGAUGCAGAAAAGCAGGAUUGGAAAUUCGGGCGUAACGAGGGGCCGAUGACCUGGCCCUGGAAGCUAAUGUGCGCCAUUCUCUACAUGCUGCCAUGGGUGGAUGUGACGGAAAAGUCGGUUUAUUUCGUGGAACGCUUCCCGGCUUUCAUCUGGACGGAGUACUUUUCAGAGCCGUUCGAGCACUGGUAUAACAUCCAUGAGUACGCCCCGCUGUUCAUAUUCUUCGCUACCUACCUGGGUAUCGUCCGCAACAAGAAGAUCUCACACGUGGCGCGGUAUCACGUCAUGAUGAGUGUCAUGUUGGACAUCGUGGCAAUGAUUCUGAUCGUGACGGAGGAGAACCUGCCUACCGGAGUGCUGUGGACCCCCUGGUCUGACCUCUUCUACGCCCUCAUGUUUUGGUUCAUUCUCCUGCUCGUGGUCUACUGCCUGUUCUUCUGCUUCCUGGGCUGGUACUGCGAGAUUCCCCUCAUAUCAGAGGGCGUGUACUUGCAGAUCGAACAGGCCGAGCAGCUGGGCGCUUAA